AUGAAAUUUUAUUUGAUUAUUUUAAUAUCCAUUGUUGUUUUCGUAUUGAAACCAGAUGAAGGAGUUCAUUGCAGAAAUAAUUAUCAUAUGAAAUAUGCCUUAUAUAUCGAAGAAGUGGUGAAUCACAUUUGUUCUCAAAUUCUAUUGUAUAGAAGACAAGAUUCAAAUAAUUAUACUGGUAUAGUGGAAGCUCUCCUGCCAAAGACGGGCUUGCAAGAAUUCACUAAUAGAUAUCGUUAUACAAUAAGUGUACUCAAUUUCAAAUACACUGAUAUUCUAAAAAAAUUCCUCGAUGGCUUUGGUAUCAUUAUCAGCUUAUGUCAGAAAUUCGAGAAUAAAGAAUCACCGUUAAAUUUUAUUGGCUGUGUAAAAUUACUUGAAAAAGAAUUGAUAAAAUCCAAGACUAUGAUUGUAAGUCUCCACAGUGUUAUGAAGUUUAUCAGUUACAUAGAUAUAAGGUUUUUAUUUACUGGAGGCUCUGUGCCGCAUCCUAUAAUUGAUGAAAUUGACUUUAUAUAUCAAUUUGUCUUAGAAAUAAGUUUAGAGACUAGGUCUUUUGAUCUUAACGAAUCACCAAAUCCUGAAUUUGAUCUUAACGAAUUACCAAAUCCAGAUCACAAAUUAGCUCAUACAUCUGAAAUUAAAUUUAAUAAAUUAAAACAUUUUUAUACAGAAGCAAUAGUAUUAAUAAACAAAUUUGUUGAAAAUAAUAAAAGUACAAUGGACACUUCUCUAAUAGCUGAAUUAUUUAAAAUGAGUAUUGUGGAUAAAAAUACUAAAACUAUCCAUGAAGUUGUAAAUUCAAUAAAGAAUAAUCUUAAUCUGUUAUACAAUGGAACUAUAGAAUUUUGGUACAAAAAUCUAGGCUUUGAACAAUUUCUUAACCCCAUAUUAGCCAAAUUUAUACCUCCAAUAGAUCCUGAAACAAAACAAAAUGAUGGAAUUGCCGCUCUUAACAUUAUGCGUGUACAAUCUGGCUGGACAGAGAUGAAUCAUUUAAAAUUUAAAUAUUAUGAAAAAUAUUUCAGCGUAGAUUAUGUAAUAAAAGACGAAGUUAGUAACAUAAAUUUUCGUAUAAAAAAAGAGCAUGUAUCACAAUUAUUAAGAUGUCGAUUUACAGAAAUAAUGAAAAAUUAUCGUACAUUAAUAAAUGCUACAAUGAAUGUAUGCAACACACAUGCAAAGCAAUAUUAUCACAAUUGUUUGAUAUUAUUUUUUAACUCAUUAAGCAACUCCCAAAGAAUGCUUAAAGGAUUGUAUGAUGCAUUAAUUAGUUUAAAUAGAUCAUCAAUAUGGAGUGUUAAUUUAAGCUCCUUAUCGAGUUUACAGAACGUUUUAGAAUGGGUUUCAGAUUUUCGCCGUUUAUUGAAAAACAAUACAUUUUAUAAUGAUCGCUUAAUAGUUUCAAGUGAAGAAAAAGAAAUCAGAAAGGUUAAUAAUCUUUUACAAAUUUUUAGUGAACAUUUUAGGAUUUUUAGUAAAAAGUUAAGCACCGAUCUAGGUCAAUAUCAUACCCGGUGUGAAAUUAAUACUUUUAAAAAUGAAGAUGCUUUUAUAGAAGAUUUUAAAAAUGUAAAAAAAUCAUCAAAUAAUCAAUUAAAUGGUUCAAUUUACGGUGAGGAAUUUCAAAUUGCUUUUGAUGCUCGUGAUUAUUUUGACAAUUUUUGUGAAGAUGUUUACAAAUCUUGUUAUGAAAAUCUGGGUUUCGGAAAAAUUUUACACUGUAUGAACAAUGAUAUUGAUGGUAAACUUAAGAGAUAUAUGCAAAAUUUAUAGACUUAGGCUUCACUAAAUCGUAAAGGCUAUGUAUAAACGAUAUGAAUUUAAAAAGUAGAUUUGAAAAAUUCAUUAUUUUAUUAUUGUUAAUUUUUAAUUAAUAGAUUUCACAUGUAUAAUUUAAAGAAUAUUGCUUAAAUUAAUAUUUUGGAUUACUAUCACCCUAUUAUUAUUUUUUGUAAAUCCGCUGUAUUUGUGACAGUCUUUACGUCCACACUUACUACAACAUUAUAUUUAAAAUAUUUCACCAAGUUAUAAAAAUAUAACGUUUAUUGAUAUUAACUUCCCAUUAUUUGUUCUUAUGUUUAA